CUCACCCAUCCAGCGUCAAUCGCCACCAGAAACUUGGCCCCAGCAAUUUGCCGAUUCCAGUCCUUGUGCUUUUUGCUUUGGUUCCAUUCCAUGAUUGACUUCCUCUGCCAACCUCUUCCCACAAUCUUGAACCGGGGGAGAUCGAUCUGCGGCGACUUCUUCCUGCGCCUUGCCUUGGGUGAUUCGCCUGGCUUCGCCUCCCUUCCUCACCUCAAGCGAACCUCCCGCAUCACUCGAGCCAGCCCUCUUCGGCAUCCGACCUGAGCCCCCCCGCCCUAAGGUAGCCCAGCCCAACCGAGAGAGAGAAAGAGAGAGUGCGCGACCUGAACGAUACAUCAUUUUCAACGUCCAGCGCAUCGUCAUUUCCAUCGCAAUCUACACGUUUGCCAUCUUCUCAUUUGCUAUAUUCCUUUCCACUAUUCCGUACUCCUCCCACCUCCCCCGCCAUGGUCUAGACAAACUGCGACAUUUGCGACGUUCCCCCCCCAACAAGCAAUCAUCUGCGGUGACGGCUGCUUGCCUGUGAGUGUAUCCCUAUCUUCAUUCCCAUUCUCCCAACCUUGGUAUACCUGCUUGUUCCCAUUCCUUCACCUUUUCCCACUGUUCCCUUGCUCUGGCCUUGGCAAUCCUCUGUGCCCCUCUAUCAGCCUUACCUACCAUGUAUUGUGCUUUACACACCUCUUGUACUAUUGCCUCCUCCAGCCGCCUGUCUUGAGCAACUCACGUUAUGCCUGGUGACGCAAGGAUGCAUGCCCACGAAGUCCUUCUUGAGCCAGCCCAUCGUGGGAAGAGGGAGGAGGGGCACUGUGUGUAUUUUCAACCUCAUUCCCCCCACUUGCGUCCGGUUGGUCUAGAUGGUCUUCCUUCCCCCCUGCCUUCCUCGAUAGCCACAGACAAGUGCAUCUCGGUCGCAAAAUUUUCCGCCAUGAUUCAUUUCUCAAAAUUAUUCUUGGUCGCGCAAAUAGUAGCUUAAGUUGACAUGAACACUGUAGGUCAAUACUAUCUCGCCCGCGGAUAUCAAGGCGUGCUUCGACCCCCAUUGUGCAACCAAGUAGAACCGACAGAGGAGCGGCCGGUCUCUCGUGACAUAAAAUUCACGCUGCCCGGCCAUGGUUAACACUCCGCCGGCCAAGGCCGUCUCUGAGAGUCGCCGCGAGAGGGAGACAUUCAGAUAUGACAGCUCCUUGAUCGCACAUACAGUCUACAACGACCCAAACAAUCUCAAGCCAUCCUCGGAACUUCGGUCAUGUCCCGAUGCGGCACUCACUUCCUUCGCUGAACUCGGCGCUCUACGCCUAAAUGCCACCCGGGCCAUGAUAUCCCUCUUCGACAGCAAGUAUCAGUACGUCGUUGCUGAAGCUACGCAGUCACUCGCCCUGACUCCCAACACCAACCCCCCCGAAACCCAGCGCGGGGAUAUCGACCAGCUGCUACUGUGCGGCACUGCUAUCCCACGAUCGUCCGGCAUAUGCGAGCUCAUCCUCUCAAUCUCCGAUCACCUCGACGAAAAACAUCCUUCGGGUCCCCAUCAGCUGCCUGUUACCGUUAUUCCGGACCUUUCUGAAGAUCCUAGGACCUCCCAGCGAGCCUUCUGUCUCAAUACGCCGCAAUGUCGCUUCUAUGCCGGAGUUCCAAUCCGUUCACAAAGCGGUAUACACAUUGGUGUCUUUAGCAUCUACGGAGAUACCCCGCGCAAAAGCUUUGACAAUGUGGAAAAUCAACUUAUGCAGGAUAUUUCGAAAGUGAUCCUGAACUACCUCGACGCAAAACGGAACAGGGACGAUCACCGACGCGCAGACAGGAUGGUUCGCGGCGUAGGCAGCUUCAUCGAGGGCAAGAGCACCAUGUCGGGAUGGAGGGACAGGAAUAAUAUUGACUCGUUCGAUGACCACCCGUUUUUUGAGGGAGCUCUGAACAAGAACCAGCAAAAGAUCGAACGCCAGAGAGAGAUGGUGGCAUUCCAGGCUUUUCAAGCACAGCAAAACCAGUCGUCUGCUGUUGCGAUGCAGAAUGUGCCGCAGCCGAAAGCUCAAGGGUCGGAGGAUCGGCCGGUUUCGCCUACAACUGCUCCUCGACCUUCCCCUUCACCAAACCAAGAUCCGAAGGCACUGCCAUCUGUAUCUGGGACCUCCUUGGAUAGUAUUCGUUCCGGGUCAGAAAGCAUUUCCCAGGGAGACGGUGACUCGCACAUGUCACAUAUUCGGCACGUUUUCUCAAAGGCCGCCAACAUUGUUCGGGAAGCUAUAGAAGUUGAGAGCGUGCUUUUCGUGGACGCCAGCAUCGGCUCGUUUGGAGGGCUUGCUGGCCCUAGAGGGACUAACAUGAGGUCUUCCAGAGGCCGCGGCUCAUCCUCCUCCUCUAGCGACGAGCAAAUAAGCCCGGGCAUAGGUGUUGGAAGUGUACUGGGCAGCGAUAGCGACCAAGAGGGCAGCCUUUGUGCGGUCCUCGGCUUCUCGAGUUCAUCAAUCUCAAGCGUCGAUGGAGACAUACCGUCUCUGAGUCACACCUCGGUAUCUGAAAAGUUCCUCGCAAAACUGUUACGAAGAUAUCCGGAGGGCAAAAUUUUCAACUUCGACGAGAACGGCUCUAUUCAAUCUAGCGACCAUUCCGGCGACGAUCACACUGUACAGCAAGAAACACCACUUCAGGAAAUAGCAGACUUCAUCAAGGCCCCAGCCGAGGACGAACGGCAACGAACUAAGAAACGGAAGCAAGCUUACUCGAGACGGAACGAAGGGAAAACACUCAGCGGCCUAUUUUCAGGAACACGAAGCAUGGCCAUCAUACCUCUGUGGGACGUACAAAAGCAACGCUGGUACGCUGGCGGGUUCGCAUGCACCAAGACCCCGACUCGCGUCCUUACCAUCGAAGGCGAGCUCAGCUACUUACGCGCCUUUGCAUCAGUCGUCAUGUCAGAGGUCGAUCACGUCAGCUCGAUGCUUGUUGACAAGGCGAAGACGGACCUGUUAUCCUCGCUAUCUCACGAGCUGCGGUCGCCGUUGCAUGGUAUCAUUCUUGGCGCGGAGCUGAUGCACGAUACCACUAUGGACGCUUUCCAGGGAGAGACGCUAGUUUCGAUCGAAAAUUGUGGCCGCACGCUGCUGGAAACCAUCGACCACCUCCUGGACUGGAGCAAGAUCAACAACUUCAUCGGGCCUUCAAAGCAUAGAAGAAAUUCGGCCGCAUUUGGUGAGCGAGGCUUGAGAGCUCGUGAUCAGAAAAUUAGUAUCGAAGCUGGCAUGAUGAGCAUCACAUCAAAUGUCGAAGUCGAUGUCCUGUCUGAAGAGGUUGUCGAGAGCGUCUGUGCUGGCUUCAGUUACCAACGCGUCUCUGUGGCUCAACUUGCAGGCAACAGACCGACGGAGCACGCCGACACUACGGCGUUGCGCAGACUUGACAGUAUGCAAGCAAUGGAGGAAAUGGCGACUCGAACCAAUAGACUCGGGGACUUGCAACUCGUCCUCGGCGACGUAUCCAUUACCUUCGACAUUUCGCCCGCGAUUUCUUGGGGUUUCCAUACACAGCCUGGAGCUUUGAGGCGAGUCAUCAUGAAUCUCCUAGGGAACUCGCUCAAAUACACCGACAAGGGAUUCGUCAACGUCAAUGUAAACCAGCUGGCCCCGACGACCGAUGCACCGCCCAGAAAGGCCAUCAUUCAGAUCGAUGUCGUAGAUUCCGGACGCGGCAUUAGUCAGGAAUACCUACAGCAUCAUCUAUUCGCGCCUUUCGCUCAGGAGGACUCUUUUGCUGCCGGGGCUGGUCUUGGUCUGAGCUUGGUCAAGCAGAUAGUCAACAAGCUGCGCGGGUCUAUCCAGGUAUGGAGUAAGGUCGGACGAGGAACGAAAGUGAGGGUUCAACUUCCCCUACUGUGCGCCAAUCCGGCAUCACCAACGGUGGCCAACGCGGAACAUGGCAGCAUUGACGCCUUCCGGGCAUCUGUCAGCGAACUCAUGGGUCUAAGAGUCAAACUGAUAGGAUUCCCUGAGGACUACGGAGUCAAAAUGCCCGACGAGUUGGCCAGCAACACCUCCAGCGAAGGAGCAUUGAUCACCAAUCUGUGCAGGGAAUGGCUUCAGAUGCAAAUCAUUGACCAGUCCAUCCCGGCCUCGCAACAACUCCUUCCCGACUUGGUUCUGUCAACAGAAAAGCAACUGGAGCAGCUUUUAAUGGAGCGCCGCCUGGGCAUCAUUAACACACCGGUAGUGGUGGUAUGCCGGAACGCGCUUAUUGCGCGCCAACUAGCUACCUCGGCACGAUUCACCGGCAAUCGCAUCAUAUUUGAGUUCAUCUCACAGCCGAUUGGUCCGAGGAAACUUGCCAAGGUGCUUUUGCUGAGCUUCAAAAGAUGGACGAAAAUGCAAGAACGGGCGAUACCAACUCCUACAAUGUUAUCCUUGGCCAGCCCAGAAGCGUCCAACGCGGGUGGCGACACGCCGACUGGGCGAGCACAAGACAGACUUACGGACGUGGGAAGCACCGAGGCCCUUCCAGAAUUUCCGACUGGAGAGGAUCUUCCCGAGAGGUUGGAGGAGUUGCCAAAUACCGAAGUCGAAGCAAAGCAGAGUGUGGAUGACCAAGUUGUGAAGGCGACGGAUACUGAGCCGAGGCCUGAGGAUAUCGCCCUACCAAACACGCCGGAGGAACAUCCCAAGAGACCAACGCUCGAGGGCCAAGACACCCCUCGGCUGUCCCAUAGACCAAAGAAGGCUAGAGGAGAUCGUCCCAAGUUUCUCCUGGUGGAUGACAACCCUCUCAACCUCAAGAUGUUGGCGACGUAUAUGACGAGGCUUGGACACGACUAUCGAAACGCGAAAGACGGGCAAGAAGCGUUGGACGAGUUCCGUUUAGCACCGGGCGAGUACCACUGUGUUCUGAUGGACAUCUCGAUGCCUGUAAUGGACGGUUUCGAGGCGACACGACGGAUCCGUGCUAUAGAGACAAAGGACAGCUUGUCACGCUGUCUGAUUAUCGCGCUUACGGGAUUGGCAUCUGCCAAUGCACAGCAAGAAGCGUUUGCGAGCGGCAUUGAUUUAUUCUUGACGAAACCAGUGCGGCUGAAGGAGCUGAGUAGAAUAUUAGAGAGCAGGGGUAUAGUAUAACAUGAUGAGCAAUGAGCGACGGAGAAAAGCGAUGGGGUUUCGCGCGGGUCAUACUCGCUUAGCGGGAGUUGGGAAGGGACCGCCAUGGCGGUUAGGAAAAGACUUUUGUGGAAAUGUCAAACAAUCGUAUGGAUUACAUGAGAUACCCCAGUGGCUGGAAUGCAUCACUGCAAUGACCCGGC